AUGGCUUCCCAACUGUCUUCGGUGAUGUUCAAGGGCGGAUUGCCGUCCGAUUGCACGUGUCCUGUGUGCGAGCAGGCACUCCGCGAGCCCGUCAAACUCAACUGCGACCAUCAUUACUGCCGUCAGUGCUUCAAAAAAGAGACUAGGGCUCCGGAAUGCGCCUCUUGCCAGACCAUCAUCCAGCCGGAGCUGAGUCAAUACGACCGCGCGAAGCAUAAGCAGGUGAGCACGAAUCGGAUUUGCAUGAUCACGGAACCGUGAGCAAGCAGAUCUCUUCCAGAUUCUCGCUCUUCCGGUCGUGUGCACCUUCGAGUCGUCCGGAUGUCCGUGGCAGGGAGAGCUCGGCGGAUUGCACGACCAUCUGACGGAGUGCUCGUUCAAAGGCUCCACCAAGUGCGACAAGUGCGGGAGACAAUUCGCAUCGAAAGACUUCGAAAGGCAUGUGGAGAAGUGCAAACUGAACCGGGCGGUCUGCUCUUUCUGCAACAAGACCGUCCGGGAGAGCGACCUCGAGAGACAUCUCAAGACCUGUCCGGAGGUCAUCAUCAGCUGUCCGUUCCAAUGCGGACUUUCCGAUCGUCCACGUCAUGAGGUACCUCCCUGCGCGCGUGUCCUUUUCCGCAUUUUUGCUCUUCAGAUCGAAGACCACCGUCCGGUCUGCCCCAACGUCGACAAUGUCUGUCCAUUCGUUCCGUACGGAUGCACCUUCGCCGGUAUUCGUUUUCAGGGAAACUGAUCACCGAAAUUAGUUUUUAGGUGGUAAGGCAUCAAUCCAACAGCAUCUGAGUGACGAGCCCGUCCGCCAUUUGAUGUAUCUUUGCGAUGAGAUCACAGAUCUCAAAGUGAGUAAUGCGGAAGUUGAUGAAUGAAACGAACUGGAACGUUUAGGGUACCUAUGAGCUGAUGGAGAGGGAUAUGAUGGCAUUCAACGACCGCCAAACUAGGAUUCUCUCGGCCGUGAGUUCACUCUCAGAAUUUCGGAAGUUUCUCGUUUUAAGGCGGAGACGUGCACUGAAAUGUUCGGCCCUCAACUUAUCUGGAAGAUCGACAACCUUCAACAACGGACCAAUGAGGCCAAGGUACAGUGCCCCGCAAUGUGGUUACAGCUGUAUUUCAGUCGGGCGCCAACACGACCAUCUUCUCGGUGCCCUUCAUGUCCCACCGAUUCGGAUAUAAAAUGAUGGCUUGUGCGUGUCUUUUCGGAGACGGAACGAGCGCCGGAAAGUCCAUUUCUCUGUACGUUCUCCUUCUGAAAGGAGAGUUCGAUCCGACAUUGGAAUGGCCUUUCAACCGAACUGUCAAAAUCUCUCUGCUCGACCAGGUGCCGUCUUCAGUCUUUCGAUCUUCCGAAUCUCUAAAAUUCAGAAUCCUCGGCCAGAAGAGCGGGUCAACAUCACUUAUGUGAUCGAUCCACGUAAAUUGCGCGCCAACGAAAAGUUUCUGGCUCGUCCACGUGGCGAACGGAACGCCGCCUUCGGAUCUCAGUCGUUUUGCUCUCUGGCGAUUCUUCAGAACUACGUAAAAGUGAGCAACGCUUAUUUGAAUUCAAUCAGAGAUUUUGUUCAUUUCAGGACGACACUAUUUACGUGAAGAUUGAUAUCGAUCGCUGCGAGACGCUUCCGAUCUCUUUGAAGACUCGCGACGAGAAGGAGAAGAAGGAGAUAAUGGAGGGGAUCCGGAACUCAGAAGUGCGCGUGCUCCAAGUGCGCCCAGUGACCGCCACAUCGAGCUCUGUGGAGCAACGCGUUUAG